AAGCAGUACCAUUACCAUUUCUCCUCCACUUUCAACUUCGUUCCGCUAUAACCAACUAGUAUUCAGUUUACUUUCUGACUGAAGGCACUACAAUUAUUUAAUGGUUCUGUUCGGCACAGCAACAACAUGAGGGAUCGCAGUUUGCGGUACAAAAAUCAGUGAUUGCUUGUACUCAAAAGUGCCCAGUGGUGUUUAGUAUGUGUUUUGACUAGUAGUUUCAGAAAGGAUUAUCAUUUUAUUCCCAAAAAUAACCAACACAAAAAUGGUCAGCUUCUCGUUAAUGACCUUUAUGGCUGUGAUAAACGCGUGUACCUGCGCCAAUAUUUUAAUGAUAACGAUGGGUGGCACAAAGUCUCACAAAAUUCCCUUCUGGGAGUUGGCUCGAGGACUCAUUCCCAGAGGCCACAACAUCACAUUCAUCAGCGCUUUUCCCUCUGACUUCCUCCUGCCCGGCCUCGAGGAAAUCACCCCGACCAGUUUCGUCUUCUACGUGAAGAAUUUCACCAACUGGGAUUUGGUCGGGGCUAAGAUCAGGGGCGAAGAGCCCGUUCACCCCUUCGACAUGGUCCGAUACGCUUACGAGGCUUGUGAUGUACUUCUUUCAGAUCCGGAAACGAAAGACUUGCUCUAUUCCCAGCAGAGUUUCGACCUUUUGGUCCUGGACGGCGCCUAUCCGGAGUGCGCUUUAGGCUUCGUCAACCACUACAACGCCCCUUUCAUCUACAUUAACACAGUUGGGUUCUACACCGGAUCGCUGUCUCUGGCGGGCAAUCCUGCGCCUUAUUCGGUGACACCGUUUCUUGCAAGGCCGUUUACCGACGCAAUGAGUUUACUGCAAAGGACUGUGAACACGGUCUGGCACCUGCUGGCCAACUCCCUGCACUCGUUCAUGGUCAGAAACAUGAUACAGCCCAUCGUCAGAAAGCACUUCGGGCCUGAUGUCCCCCUGGUCUAUGACAUUUCCAGGAAUGUCAGCUUUAUUCUGCAAAAUGCACACGCCACGGUCACUUAUCCUAGACCUUAUUUGCCUAAUGUGGCGGAAAUUGCGUGCAUACAUUGCAAAAGGGCUAAGGCUCUGCCUGAUGACUUGGAGGAGUUUAUCCAAGGCAGUGGGAGCGCUGGUUUCAUCUACUUCAGCAUGGGCUCGUCUGUAAAAGCGGCCAACAUGCCGGAGUACCUCCGGAGGAUGCUGAUGCGCGUCUUCCGGCAGCUUCCCCAGCGGGUCCUCUGGAAAUACGAGGCCGACGAGGAAAUGCCCGACCUGCCCGCCAACGUCAAACUUGGCCGAUGGCUACCACAACAAGACAUUUUAGGUCAUCCAAAAAUUCGAGCAUUCGUCACCCACGGAGGUCUAUUGAGCAUGUUCGAGACGGUGUACCAUGGAGUACCAGUCGUUUCACUGCCGGUUUUUUGCGACCACGAUUCUAACGCUGCCAAAGCCGAAACCGACGGCUAUGCUUUGAAACUCGACUUGAGCAAAAUCACAGCUGAGUCGCUAGUCUGGGCCAUCAGGAAAGUCAUUCACGACCCGAAAUAUCGGGAGGAUGUGAAAAAGAGACAGUUUUUGUUGCGGGAUCAGAAGGAAACCCCCCUCGAAAGAGCCGUCUACUGGACAGAGUACGUCUUGAGGCACAAAGGGGCCACGCACCUGCAGUCCCCUGCCAAAAAUAUGGGGGUUGUAGAGUAUUAUUUAAUUGAUGUGGCAUUGUUAGCGUCCUGUUGUACAUUUAUUGUUUGGUAUUUAAUGAAAUUGACCCUAAAAAUCAUUGUUAUGGUCUUGUCAGGUAAUUUAAGCUUUAAUUUAUUUAGGAAAAAAAUUAAAAUAGAAUAGACAUUAAACGAGUGUAAAUAUGUUUGUAUAAUAAUCACUGUGUUUUAUUACUUGCAAGGAUAUUAAAAAAGUACAAACUUG